ACUACUAGUUCUGUACUCCUCCAAAACUGUACCCCUGCCCUGACGCCUCCCACCCCAUUCUUCUUCCUUCCCUCCCAUCGGAUCCGAAACCCAGGCGAGGAAACCGGGCCGGGUAAGAAGAGAACAGACGCGGUAGAGGGGAGCAACUGAACUCGGUCGGGGGUCGGAACGAAACCCUAGGCGUAGCUCCGCCGUGCCCCCGCCCCCGCCCCGCCCGCGGCCGGUCGCCGUCCGUAUCCGCCGCGGGCCCCGGCGGCCAUGCGCCCCUCCCCUGCCCAGGCGUCAUGAGCGCCCGGGACAUGCCCCGCGCCGAGGGCUCGCCGGAGGGGCCGCCCCGCGGCGGCUUCGACCCUUACGCGCAGGCCAGGAAGGCGCUGUCCUUCCGGACGCCGUUCGAGGGCGACGAGGCGGCGCCCAGGGUCCCCACGCUGCCCGCGCGGCUCGUUAGCUGGUCAGGGUCGAGUGACGGGCGGAAGAAGCAUAAGAAGAUUCAGCCUCCGGACGAGACGGCCGCGGAGCAUCCACCGCUGCUGGCUGCGGCGUCUUCCCGGAAGAAGGGCAUAUGGGAUCAGUUUGAGGCUUAUUUCCGGCCUGUAACCUUGAAUGAUGUUGAUAUGUUAAGGCCCAAGUUCCCAUUCAGCUAUGAUGAGCUUGAUCCAUGCAUCGUCAUGCCAUUUCUCGGCAGUGGCGAGGAGUUAGUGAACAAGGAUGAGACAUUCGACGUGGCUGUCGCUGAAACGAGCUCGUACUUGGGUGUGGGUGGUGAAGAAGUCAUCAGUAACAAAGAGCGUAGUGGGCAGAGUGCGGAUUUGUUUAGUAACAGAAGUGCCGAGCAGGGCAUACAUGAGGUGGUUGUGCAGCAGCUGGGUAGUACCCGAGAGCUCAGCGAGCAGAGCAUAGAGCAGGGUGUACGUGAGGUGGUUGUGCAACGGGAGGAGUGGCCAUUGGAAGUGGAGCAAUCUAGCAGCAGUGGCGGUUUCGUGCCACCAAAAUGUGGAGAGGAGGCAGGAACAUCAAUCAAUUGGCUGCUAGGAGCAAGGGAGCGAGUUGUGCUCACUUCGGAGCGGCCAAACAAGAAGAGGAAGCUUUUAGGUGUUGAUGCUGGGUUAGAGCAGCUUGUGCUGCUUCCGUGCUUGGGAGCUGAGGCUGGGUCAAUCUGUGAUGUUUGCUGUUUGGGAGAGAGUGAGGCUGUGUCCAAUAGGAUGCUUCACUGUAACAACUGCAAGGUUUCCAUGCACCAAAAGUGUUAUGGUCUGCGUGUUGUGCCAGAUGGCCAGUGGUUGUGCGCUUGGUGCAAGCAUUUGGAGUUGACAGGGUGGUCAUCGAAGAAAGAUGCGGGCAGCACCCUUUCAAUGCCUUGUGUGCUGUGCCCAAAGGAGAAAGGGGCUCUAAAACCUGCACGAGGGGAGCCUAAUCGAGCUGCAGAUGAAGGCAACCUAAAAUUUGCUCACUUGUUUUGUAGUCUUUGGACACCAGAGGUUCUGGUGGAGGACAUUGAAUCAAUGGAACCUGUUACUAAUAUUGGAUGUGUGCAAGAGAAUCGGAGGAAACUGGUGUGCUCCAUUUGCAAGGUUAAGCAUGGUGCAUGCAUAAGAUGUAGCCAUGGGGCAUGCAGGGCAGCCUUUCAUCCUAUAUGCGCGCGAGAGUCCAAGCACCGGAUGGAGAUAUGGGGAAAAUCUGGCCAUCCUAAUGUUGAGCUAAGAGCAUUUUGCUCAAAGCAUUCUUCAGUUGGACAAAGUAAUAAUGCAUCUGCACAGAGUCCUGAAGUGAGGCCAAGAGAUGCAAACCCUGGAAAGAUAACAAAACUGAGAUUCACACGCAAGAACAAGGACACAUUCAUGAACUAUGAAGCCAGUAGAUUCAAUCCUGAUAAUCUUAUCAAAGUAAAGACCAUGGAGCAUGGUGCUUUGCCUCAUAACGUUAGAAGUUUAGAUACUCAAGCAACCCGAAGUAUGGAAAUGCAUACUGACCAUCCCUCAGUUGGUGGAGAUCUUAUGAGAAAUUCUGGUGAUAUUGCUACAUUACUUAAAAAGUUAAUUGAGAGCGGGGAGGUUAGUGUUGUUGAUAUAGCAUCCGAAGUGGGUAUUUCUCCAGCAUCCUUGGAAGCUGCUCUCGUGGGUGAAACCACCACAUUUUCCCAUGGUUUGAAAUUGAAAAUUAUCAAGUGGCUUCAAAAUUCUGCACAUAUGAAAGCUGUUCAAGAUAACAAAUUAGAUGGGUCUGAGAUUGCAGAUAGUAUCAAUUUGAAGAGUUCAUUGGUCACAGAAGACAAAGGAGCAGCAGUUGAGACGUCGGAUUCUGCUGUACCAGAACCCUUACCAACAAAAUUUAAAGACAUUGACAAGAUUCUAAAAGAUAAGAAAGCUCUAUGUGCAACUGGAACUACUUUGGAAAAUGGAAACAUGAAAGUGCUUAAAGAAAGUGCUGAUGAUGAGUGUUUCCCUGCUGAAGAUUUAUUGAAAGAAUCUACUGGGACUUUGUUCCCAGUCGGAAGCAAUGACACUUCAAAGGAAGUGCAUGAAGAAUUGAUACCGAACAACACUUCUGGCAACAAAGUUUUUGAUACUUCCAUGGAGAUACCAAAUCAAUUUGAAGGUACAUCACUUCGAAUUAAAACUAACGACUUGGCUGAAGCUGAAGUUGGCUCGGAAGUGGAGGGGCGUGUAUCUUCAUUGGAUCAAACCUUUUCUUCGGGUGAGAAUGCUGAACUUGGAUCAGAUGCAGCUGAAAAUGGUGCAAGCAAUCACCGUAAUUGCAAUCUGGAUCACAUUCAUGGACAACCUUUUUUGAGCUUGGAUGAUUCUCAUUCUUAUAUUCAUCCAUUUAUUAAGAGAAAGAUUGUUUCUCUUUGGGAGCAUGCUUUUAAGCAGAACAAGCAGACGCAAUGUCAUCCCGAAGAACGAUUAUGUACUUCUGAUGAGAAAUGGCCUGUGGAUUCCUCAAUAAAGCUUAUGGAAGCAACAGAAAUUGAUGUGUCAGAUCAAGUUUCAAAGGCAAAAUCCUUGGGAAUCCUUGAUGAUUCACCUGAUGAUGAGGUAGAAGGAGAAAUGGUAUUCUUACAAGCUAGGCUGCUUGACAAUGCCAUUGUUCUAAAGCAUAGAUAUGAAGAUUUAAUAGUGAAGGUUGUCCAUAAUCUUUCUCGCGAGUUGGAUGUGUUCAGUAAAAGGAAAUGGGAUUUCAUCCUUGUCAAUCAGUUUCUUCGUGAUGUUCGAGAAGCUAAGAAACGUGGGAGAAAAGAGAAGAGACAUAAAGAAGCUCAGGCUGUACUAGCUGCAGCUGCAGCUGCUGUUGCAGCCUCCUCACGUAACUAUACUGUGAGAAAAGAUGCAAAUGAUGAUCUAGUGCCAACUAUUCAAAAGAGUUCCCCAAAAUUUGGAGCAGGAUCUUCAAGAGUUGCUCAGCGGACUGCUUCAUUGCCACGGUUCAAGGAUUCAUCAAAGGCAUCCAACAGCAAAGUUUCACCAGAGGCUAGCUUUGGCACUUUCCAUAUGCCAAUUUUCUCAAAAGAAAAUGCACUCUGCUGUGAUGUAUGCUUGCGGAGUGAAAGUGUGUUGAACCGGAUAUUUGUUUGCUCCAGAUGCAAGGCUGCUGUCCACAUAGAUUGCUAUAGAAAUCUAGGGAUAUCUACUGGCCCCUGGAAAUGUGAACUUUGCGAAGAUAUUUCAUCAGAAGCUGCUGGCUCUACUGAUCGAUUGGAUUGCAAUGAGACAAACUUAUCCCUGGUACAGUGCGGUCUGUGCCAUGGAAGAUCCGGUGCUUUUAGAAAGGCUAUAGACAGGCAGUGGAUCCAUGCCUUCUGUGCCGAGUGGUUGUUGGAGACCAAGUACAUGAGAGGGCAAGAUAAUCCAGUUGACGGAAUGGAAACCCUUGCAAUGGAGAAAGAUACUUGUUGUCUUUGCAUCCGCAAAGUUGGCGCGUGCCUCAAGUGCAAUAGUGGGGACUGCGAAACCACUUUUCACCCCUCUUGUGCUAGACAUGCUGGUUUCUACAUGAACACAAAAGGAUUUGGGAGUAUGUUGCAGCACAAAGCAUAUUGUGGCAAACACAGCGUAGAGCAGAAAGAGACUGAUGCCCAUCAAUCUGGACCUGAGGAAUUCAAAAGCUUGAAAAGGAUGAGGGUUGAGUUGGAAAAGUUACGCCUCUUGUGCGAGAGGGUAAUUAAGAGAGAAAAGGUCAAGAGAGAGACGGUUCUGUGUGAUCAUGACAUACUUGCCAAAACAAAGGAUGCCGUUGUAUUCUCCUACCUUGCACCUGGAGCUAGUUCAGAAUCUGCCACUACUUCGGUUAACAAUAAAUCAUACAGUGGAACCUUGCAGAGAUCUGACGAUGUCACGGUGGAUAGUAUUAUUUCUGGGGAAAAUACCACAAGAUUUUCACUUAAUAACAGAGAUGCUGAUAGAAACACAGCUGAUAGCUCAAGGACGUUGAUAUCGUUCAAACGGAAGUUGAGUGAGAGAGGACAACUUGCUGGCAAGCAACUUCCACAAAGACCAGUUACUGCCUUACAGAAACUGGAAGAUGGAAAAAAGAAGACAAAAGAUAAGAAGCAGGUGGAAACAUUUCAGAAGGAGCUAGUUAUGACAUCUGAUCAAGCUUCUACGCAGAACCAACGCCUUCCAAAGGGAUAUGCGUAUGUCCCCCGUGAUUCUCUUUCUAAAGAGAAACCAUGGAAACAAAAUACACAGACCCAUGAACCACAAGAACCUGGUGGAUAGGACAGCUAAGAUCAAGAUGGUUAAUUUCUCUGAUGGAAAACGGUGAAAUGUUUGCAUGCCAUGUGUUCAUAACUGAAAUGUACACAGCGCUGGCAUGUGUUUUUGCUGCAAGGAUCACCGACAAGCAACAAUCCUAUCAGACAUAGCUGUAGAAUGAUGCAAACCAAGCUAUUGUGAAUGAAUGUUUGGUGUGGGGUCGUGACUAGAAAAGCUGGUCCCCACUUGGAUGAAUGACAACAUGGGUGCACUCCACCUACCAAGGGCUAUACAAAGAUGCGUCUUACCUGUGUAUAUAGAUUUGCUUCUUAGGGUGUAAAAAUUUCUUUGUACAUUCCUUCCUUUGCAAAUGCAUAGUUUAGUUAUGCAAAAAGAGAGAUAAAGAGUUACCAUUCCUUUUUGGUUGUAGAAGAAAAGAAGGGAAAUGGGACGACUAUAUGGUUGUUGCAUCAUAGGAGCAGGAAGAAGCAUUUGGUAUCUAACAAGGUCUGAUUCAUUUAUUUGUAGGGUUGGAGAUAGUAGAAGCAGUUAAUGGUGAGAGCCGGUAUAGCACAGAUCAAGAUUAUUCUUUUUUCUUUUGUUGAUUGCUUUAGGGCGAUUUGAUGAAACCAGUAGGCUUUUGGAUAUAUGUAAGAUUAACAUGGUUUAUGUUGUCAAGAUGACAGCAAAUGGGAAGUUCACUAGUGAGUUAAUAAGUCAAAUUUGGUUGUUAGUAUUUAACUCGUUUAUGUUGGAUCCAGAUAUUUUUGGUCUGAGACUGGUUUUCUGCUUGCCGUCCAGAUUUGUAACUUUGGUAACCGUGUUAGGUGCCGUUGUAAGCUACACUGGCAACAUAAAAACAUUUCUUCGGUCUGUACUUGUUCCCA